CAGGUGACCAAGUGUGCCAUGAGGGAGAUCAUAUACAAUAUGAACAUCCUGAAGGUGGUUUCUUAUUGGAGGACGUAGUUUCUGUAUCUGGUACAGAGAAACGACUAACAGUAAGGCAUGAUGGUCUUGCCUUUGAAAGCCAGGUCACUGGUGCAAGCAGUAAAAACAAUACAGACCUCUGUUUAAUUUGGCAAGAUGUGAUCUGUGCAGUUAAAGAUGCUCAGUCUAAAAGUGGCAAGCAACUGGAUUCAUUCACAGUCCAUUACAUUCAUCACAAAGGCAGCAAUAAAUUAAAAGUUCAGCAUGUACAAGUCACUACCAGAGAAGGUGAAGUAGACAAAUGGAUCCAUGCUAUUAACAUGAAAUGCCAAAAGGUGCCUGGACGACCCAAAAAAGUCUUUGUCAUCAUUAAUCCUAUUAGUGGUUCCAAGACAGGAUUGAAGGUCUAUCAGAAGAAAGUAGCACCCUUGUUUGACUUGGCUGGGAUGCAUACAACUGUAACAAUUACAGAAAGGUCCAAACAUGCUGUAGAAUUGGGCGAGCACCAGGAUUUCUCAGGCUAUGACGCUAUUGUUGUUGUUGGUGGUGAUGGAUUGUACCAAGAAGUUCUUCUGGGUUUCACUGUAAGGAUUCAGAAAGAGGCAAAGGUAGACUAUAAUAAUCCAGAAUCAGUCUUUAUAAAGCCUGCUAUCCCUUUUGGAGUCAUCCCCACAGGUACAGGAAAUGGUAUUGCUGGAUGGUGUUAUGGUAUUCUUGAUGAAGUAACGGCAGCUCUUAAUAUAAUCAGAGAUAAU